CUUAAUGAGAAUGAAAGUCCGUGAUCUUGAAAGUUCACUCAGCGAGCAAGAUGAAAAACUGCUCCAGCUGGAGAAUGGAAAACUCAAGUUGAUUGAAAUCAUUGACCAAUCAAAAAGGUCACUCAGUGAGAAAAAUCACCAUGUACAACAACUUGAAGCCGACAAUCACGAAUUGCUGAGCACCAUCACAAAGCUGAAAAGUGACGUUGCAAAGCAAGAACGAACAGCCAAAGUCUCGGAACUUGAGUUAGAAAAACUCUCGGAUAAGAUCAAGACACAAGAAAGUUUACUCAACGAGAAAGAACUUCAAAUAACCAAACUUGAAAGAGAGAAAAAGGAGUUAAGUGACAACGCCAUUAAACGUCAAAGUGUUAUUGAAGCUGAGUCCAACAUUAUUGAACACACAAAACACAAUGAAGGCAAAGUUUUUACUGGUGGCAAUGAGGACGAUGACUGCAGUCUGCUGAUAUUUGCUUAUAAUCACUAAAUCACCGCCAACACUGACCUGAAAAUAUUUA